CAUAUAAUCUGAAUAUUUGACAAUUGUGUUAAAUUUUGAGGUUACAUUAUUCAAAGUAUCAAUAGAUCAUUAUUUAUGCUAAAGGAAACAUAAAUACAAAAUGCUUAGUGCAAUAAGAAAUAGCUUAAAAGCGUCAAUAAACAAUGUAGUGCGCUCUUUUCAAACAUCUGUACCUGUGGCGACUGAAAAAUUUGAUCAUAAGCGGAUUCCCGCAGACGACGAAGGUGUUCAAGGAGAAAAAAUUAUAGAUCUGGAUUCAGUUCUAAAAGCAAAACAGGAGUUGUUCCCUACACUAGAAUCAGACAACCUUUUAUUUGAUGGUACGCCAUAUAAAGAUCUCUCUGUGUGUAACAUCAGAGUGAGUCACAACAAUACAAUUUUCACUCUGACUGAUGCUAAUGGUGUAGUUAAGCUAAUAAGGUCCUGUGGUAUGGAGGGAUUUAAAAAUACUAAAAAAGGAACAAAUAUCGCAGCUCAAACUACUGCUAUAAAUUUAGCCACAAAAGCUGUUGAUCGUGGAAUAAGAACAAUAAGAGUUAGAGUAAGAGGAUUAGGGCCCGGUCGAUUGUCAGCAGUAAAAGGUUUACAAAUGGGAGGCUUACAAAUUGUAUCUGUAACAGACAACACCCGUGUAUCAUGGAAUCCACCGAGACCAAGAAAAGCUAAAAGACUAUAAAUUGUUAAAAUAUAUUUAAUUAGUAUCUUAGUAUAAAAUAAAGAUAUUACUCAAAAGAA